AUGUUUUUUGAGGACGAUAAGAAAUAUCCAUUAAAAUUGGAUCGUUUUUGCAGUAUACAGGAACAUGUCACUCCGCAUCCACCAAGCGAAAACUCCAUGUUAUCAACAACACCGUUACCAAUUGUUUUACAAAUGUCGACACAACACACAGUCGAACCUCAAGCAACGCAAAAUGCUCCGGUGAAUUACCUAUCUACUGAAAUGAAUAGUGGAAUUAACGAUGAUGUUCAUACCGUAACUAAUAGUGCGGUUGAGAAAUUCCCUGGAAAGGAGACCAAUAAAUAUGAACCACAUAAAACUCCUAAUGAUGUUGAAGUUUUUGAACAGAAACCAGGUCCGAUAAACCAGCAUCAAGAAGAAGAGGGCGAAGCCGAUGGUGGUGAGGAAGCUGCACCAGAAGAAGAACCUGAGGCCCCAGAAGCUGAACCUGAAGCAGCAGAAGCUGAACCGGAAGCAGCAGAAGCCGAACCUGAACCGGAACCCGCAAAUGAAGAAGAACCUGCUGCAGAACCAGAAGCAAAUGCUGAAGCAGCACCAGAACCCGAGGAUAACCCCGAACCGGAAGCUGAAGAAAAACCCGAGCCUGAAGCCGAACCUCCUGCGGAAGAACCAGAAGAGACCCCUGAAGCUGAGGCAGAAGAAAAACCCGAAGCCGUGCCAGACACAGAAAUAAAACCCGAAGAUGAAAUGCAAAAUGAUGCACCAGCUCCUGAAGAGGGUGAGCCAGAAGCAACACAAGCCACACAUGUGACUACAGAUAUGACAAACAAUAACGUCAACAACACAAAGACUUGUUAUAGCUGUAAUAGCCUCGAGGACAUUACCUGUAAAACUAAACCAACUACACAGAUGAAUUGUAAAAGCGUUGAUUCGGAUAAGAAUAGUGGUCACAGUGGUUGUUAUACCAUUUUCAAAGCUGACUCCAAUAUGACAAUGCGUGGUUGUGUCGAUGAAUUGGCCGAGGAAGGUCUUCGUGAUUGCUUGACCAAAGAUAAGAAUUGUAUUUUGUGUUAUUCGAAUGGCUGCAACGAUAAACCGAAUGCAGGAUUCCGGAUUCAAAUGGAUAUAUCCGUGCUGAUGCUUUUGAAUGGAAUAGCAUUUGGUGUGAUGAAAUAUUUAUAA